AGCUGUUAAAAAGGCCACCUCAGCAGUAUUCAUUCCCAGUCACAGAGUCAUGAUGGAGGCAAGAGCAAGGAAUGUCUUAUGUUUUGUGCUGUUCUUUCUUGUGCCAUGGAGUGUUGUCAGAGCACGACCAGAUGAGAAAGGGACAUCUAUUAAGAACAACUUUCCUACCAAUGCAUUUCAUAAUAAGACAAUCAUCACUGACCACCAUCAUUUAGAAGAUGAGUUAAGGCACGAGAUGGGAGAAGUUGAUUUAGAUAAAGCCUCAGAAGAUGAACUUGAAUUCUAUUACUUCACGGUACAUGAUUUUGAUCACAAUAAACUUCUAGAUGGACUGGAGAUUAUGGCAGCAUUGCACGAUUCCCUUGAUGAACACAUAGGCAAUGUAUUUACAAAGGAUGAAAAAAUUAAGCACUACAUUGAUAUGACUGAUGAGGUCCUAAAGGAAGAUGAUCUGGAUAAAGAUGGGUUUUUAUCCUUCGUUGAGUACAUGCACUCCCAAAAACGAACAGCAAGUCCAACUACAAUUUUGGACAAAACAGCAAAGGAAAAGGGAUCCAAGAGCUGAAACAGAGAAUAAAUUAGGAACAGUACCUUAUGUACCAUGUUUCUAUGUUGUCAUGUUUUUGCAGAGAGCUUAUUUUUACUUUAUUGCAGAAAGUAUGAUCAAUUCAUUACUAGCCAUUACUGUAAGAAUCUCAUGUUUAAUUACCGUAUCUAGUAAAUAAAAGUGCAUACACAAUUUUAA